GAAGGUGAUACGAGAUCUUCAUUUAAAAAGCAAAUCUUGCGUCGAUAUUGGAUCUUUAGACUCUGCCAAUAUGAUGCAAGAUUCUAAGAGCAAAAAACGCAAAAGAGGGAGUAAAGAGAAACAGGUACCUGAAACCGAGGUACAAGAAGAAAUGUCAGAAGAUGCCAUAAGGCAAAAGAUCAAAGAAUUUAACAUUCAACUAGAUCAGAAUCAAAAUGAUGUUAACUUAUGGCUUGAAUUUAUUGCAUUUCAAGAUAAAAGUUUACAAUUUGGAAGAAAUAAAAAGACUGAUGCUUCUAUUACAAGAUCAAGCAUCAAUGAAGUUAAAAUUAGUAUCUUUGAGAAAGCCUUGGAGGCAAAUCCGAAUGAUACAACUCUUCUUAUUGCUUACAUGAAAUGCUGUGAAGAGCAUUGGGAAAAUAUUAAUCUUUGGAUGAAAUAUCUUGAUUUUCGACAAACAAAUCUUGUUUCUUUUACGGUUAGUCAAUGCAUUCAAGUCUUUGAAGAUUGUUUGCAUUUACUUCGAAAGGAAUUCGUAGUAUGUGUAGACAGCGGUGAAAAACUUAAAAUUGAGCGGAUAAUGAUACAUAUCUUCCAACGAGCUUGUUUUUUUAUGCUACAAUCAGGUUACAGUGAAAGAGCAUAUUCAUGUUGGCAAGCAAUGAUAGAACUUACAUUUUUUGCUCCAAAGAGAAUACAACAAAAAGAUUUCUACGAUCGUGUAGUUGCUUUUGAAAAUUUCUGGGAAGCAGAAUUACCUCGUUUUGGCGAAGAUGAUGCCAAAGGGUGGUCUUACUACUUUGAGCAAAACAUUGAAAAUGUUGAAUCUCCUGCGGAUGCCUCUAAUCUUUUAGCGAAUUUAUCAUCUGAGGGUGAUAUGUACGCAAAAUGGGCUAAAGCCGAGAUUCUUUAUAACUCUCAAUUGCUCCCUACGCAUUCAAUCGAUGAUCCCAAUUUAGAGGAUCCUUAUCGUGUAGUCUUAUUUGACGAUAUCCGCACGUUCUUGUUUGACUUAACGUCUCAUCAAUCACGUACUGAGCUUAUAUAUGCUUGUCUUGCCUUUACUGGCUUGACGUAUAAUCCUGGAUAUUCAUCAUCGAAUCCGAUGAUUACAGACACGUUCCUAUACAAUAAACUUUCAAAUGAAUCAAUUGAAAACGUCAGCUUUUGGUCUACGGAUAGAUCUGUUACUCGUACAUUUAUAUUUCCAAUAAAAGCCUUCCCUCAGGAUGACGUUACAUUGUUCAAUUCGCAAACUUGGUUCUCUAUUUGCAAUGAUGUUGAUAUAUUGGAUGUCAAUAUGAAUUUUUCUAGGAAUGCUUUUUAUCAAUUACGACAGAUUGUAAACGAUACAGAGAUAAAACUAUGUCGUCUAUCACUUGAAUAUCUUUAUGACGCGUCAAGUGGGCGGAAUCUUGCAAAGAACUUGCUCAAACGUGACACUAUGAAUCUUUCACUUUGGAAUGGUUAUGCGCAAGCACGUAAGGUUUACUUGGGCGCUAUUACACAAUAUCGUACAUUUCCUGAACAGUACCGUGCUGUGGCACCACUAUUGCAUCGAUCGUUCGCUGAAAUGGAAAUAGAACAAGGCCGUCAAAAGACUGCAAUUAAUAUUCUCAUAAACUUGACUGAAGAACAGGGGACGAUAGAUUCGAUAUCCGAAUCAGAUGUCCCUAUCACAAAGUUACUGAGGGCCCGAAAGUAUUAUGCACAACAAAUAGCGCGAAUUACAACACCUUCAACUUCACAGAUUGAAGCACGUAAUUCACUACAUUAUUGUGUAUGUUAUGCAUUAUUAGAAUGUCUUAGUCAGAAUUUACAGCAAGCAAGCAAAGUAUUUGAAGACACGUUACAUUAUCUAGAAAUUAGGAAUGAUAAUGUUAAUGUGGAGACAGAAUGGUUAUAUAUGUCAUAUCCUUUUUUUCGUUUUGUAUCUGUAUCAGAUAAUGAACCUGGAAAAUUAUUACAAGAGAUUCUUUCAAGGGCAUUACGUAUAUUUCCAAACAAUACUAUAUUUUUAUCAUUGUAUUUCCAUGAAGAAGUUCGUGGGAGGAUACCCCAUGGAUUAAAUUCAAUUUUAAAUGAGGCUUUACAAAAGAAACCAAGUUAUAUUUUAUGGACUACUGCAAUAUAUAUGGAAUUACAUCACCAACAAUCAUACGAUAUUAAUCGUGUUCGAACAACAUUCGACAAAGCACUGAUGUGCCCCACAACAAGAAAUUCUAUAGCAUUAUGGAUUUUAUACAUAAAUUUUGAAAUUAAAAAUGGAGAAAUGAGUAAAGCCAAGACUAUAUACUAUAGAGCCGUAAGAGAAUGUCCAUGGUCAAAGGAUCUUUAUAUGGUUGCAUUUAAAAAAUUGCAUGCUCAAUUUUCACCUGAUGAAUUAGAAGAACUUAUGAAUGUAUUUUUUGAAAAAGAGAUUAGGAUAAGAGUUCCAAUUGAACAUUUUGCUGAUAAAGUAUCUGAAUUUUUAUUUAAAAAUUUUUAA